ACAACAAGAGUCCCGGAGAUACCCUAGGAAAUGUUUUGCUAGUUACCAUUGAAGGUGUGGAAGCUAAUGAUGUGACCAUUGAGACGAUUCACUUGUUUGGAAAUAUUAUCAUGUACGUCAUACUCCUUUCUAAGGUCUAUCUUGAGCCAUGUAUGCACAGGUAUUUUCUGCAUUUGGUUUUGUUCACAAAAUUGCUACAUUUGAAAAGGCUGCGGGAUUCCAGGCAUUAAUCCAAUUCACUGAUGCUGAAACUGCUUCUUCAGCGAGGAAUGCCUUGGAUGGUAGAAGUAUUCCCAGGACUUCAACGAUUGAAAUGUUUGGAGUUGUCUGAUACUGAAGUUGGAAGCAAUGACCUUCUCCAUCUUUCUGGUUUGGUUAAUCUGGAGAGCAUAAACCUGUCAUUUACUGGAGUUACAGAUGGUGGUUUAAGAAAAUUGUCUGGACUCUCGUCUCUGAAAUCACUCAACCUGGAUUCUCGUCAAAUCACAGAUGCCGGACUUGCAGCUCUUACCAGUAUGACUGUUCGGAGUGCCUAUUUCUGUUCUUUGAAUUGUCCUUUUAGUUCUUUAACAUGAUUCAUUGUGAAAUAAUAAGUUUUGUCACUUAUUAUACUGGUGAUUUAAUUUUAUUGUUGUCAAAGAUAAUAAAUUAGUUCUGAUUAGUCAUUAGUUUAUUGUUGAGAAAGAGAU